AUGGCCAACUCCAAGCAGCACUUGCAACUGCUGCAAAAGACCAUCUGGGACGGCUCAUUACCAUUAGAGAUACGACUAUCUUCCUCCGAAUGUCGCACGUAUGACGAUUCAGAGCCAUACUUUGUACAUUUUCCGCGACUUUCCUAUUUGCCAUUCCUAUUACCAAGACUCCAUGCCUUCUUCAGCACAUCCCUGAUCGACCCUGCGGUGCUUCCCCACGAUGGGUGGUUCUCCUUUGAAAACGUGCCGUUGAAAUGGCAUUUCCCGCUUGGCCUCUUAUAUGACCUAUUUUCUGGUGCCGAACCCGUGUCCAAAAGCUCGAAGCCGACCACACAUAUAACCGCUGCUGGGGAUGACGCUGAAGAAACGGAGCAAAUGAGCCCUCUUCCAUGGCGGCUGGUGGUCCAUUUCACGGAAUGGCCAGACGACCAGCUCGUCCGGCUUGACCGUGACGGCAAGGUCCUCCACGACGCCUUUGUCAAUGGUGUCAAAGAGGCUGAUUUCUUAAGAAAUGGAACGGCAAAGGGUAUCAUGUCACUGUCAAAAGAAGACUCUACGAAACUCUGGCAAGCGGUCGAAGAGCACAACCUUGCCAUAUAUAACAGCAUCAACCAAAAGCUGCUCAACACGCCCGGCACAAGCCUCCGUAAUAUUCCACUUCGAAUAUAUCUGCCAUCCUCGGGGGAUGCGCCUUCUACGGAGUCUACAACUGAGACUAAACCUGACGAAGCGCCUCUGCAGCGCUCGCUCCGUGUAGUCCAAGCUCCGAUCGCCCCUAUGAUCUCUAAUCGUAAUCCUCUCUUGUCCAGUCAUCUUCCCACUCGCUCCAGCGAACCGCACACCAUUGGUACCGCGCUCAAUAGAAUUCUACCCAGUCUCUUUCCCAGUCGCCGCACAGCCAUUCUCGCACGACCUGUCUUGCACGGUGCUGUCCUGCCCCUCUCUGCUCCGUUGGAGGACAUUAUGCGAGCCGCAACCUAUUCUGAUGGUUGGAUUCACUUGGCGGUGGUUAUGAUGAGUUGA